AUGGCUAGGGAAUCAAAGGAAAGCGCAGUUUUGGAUGCCCAGUCUGCAGAGGACCGGACGGGGAUCCUGACCGUGAAGGUGGAAAAAGAAGACGCCUCCGUCUUGGCUGCAGAGGGGCGCGCCCCAGGCAGCCCGGCUCCAAGCCCCGAGCACUCCCGCCAGCACUUCCGAGGCUUCCGCUACCCAGAGGCUGAGGGGCCCCGCGAGGCGCUGAGCCGACUUCGGGAGCUCUGCCGACUGUGGCUGCGGCCUGAGACGCACAGCAAGGAGCAGAUGCUGGAGCUGUUGGUGCUGGAGCAGUUCCUGACCAUCCUGCCGACGGACCUGCAGAGCUUGGUGCGGGAGCAGCAUCCGGAGAGCGGGGAGGAGGUGGUGGCGCUCUUGGAGUAUCUGGAGAGGCAGCCGGAUGGGCCGAUGCCGCAGGUCCCAGGUGGUGGCCAGGGGCAAGAACUGCUCUGCUACAAGAUGGCAAUGUUGACACCCAUUCAGAGGCCACAAAAUAUCCAAUUCCAGCCAGUGAAGGCUCUGCUCAAGCAUGAAUCUCUGGGAUCCAGUCCAGACAGAGUUCUCCAGGUUCCAAGGCUUGUCCCUGGGGGGCACUGCAGAGAAGAUGCCGUGAUAGACACCAGCUUCGCCCCAGGGUCCCAGGGGCCAUUUAAAAUGGAAGAUGUGGCACUGACUGUUUCCCCUGGAUGGACACAGCUGGAUUCAUCUCAGGUGAACUUGUAUGGAGAUAAAAGGCAGGAGAACCGUGGCAGCCUGACCUCCUUGGGUGGUGUGGUGCAACCGAAGAUCAGAGAGCUGCCUCCAGAUGAGGAUCAUCCAGCACAGGAGCCUGGGCAGAUACCACGCCACCUGGGUGAAGCCACUGGCCAGAUUCCUGCUUGUGCAGAAGCUGGUGAACAGGAGGGCAGGUUACAAAGAAAGCAGAAAACUGCCGCAGGAAACAGGCGGCACUAUUGCCAUGAAUGUGGAAAGACUUUUGCUCAGAGUUCAGGCCUGACCAAGCACAGGAGAAUCCACACUGGGGAGAAACCCUAUGAAUGUGAGGACUGUGGCAAGACCUUCAUCGGAAGCUCUGCUCUCGUCAUUCAUCAGAGAGUUCACACUGGUGAGAAGCCAUAUGAAUGUGAAGAAUGUGGCAAGGUCUUCAGUCACAGUUCAAACCUUAUCAAACACCAGAGAACUCACACUGGGGAGAAGCCCUACGAGUGUGAUGACUGUGGGAAAACAUUUAGCCAGAGCUGCAGCCUCCUUGAACAUCACAAAAUCCAUACCGGGGAGAAGCCCUACCAGUGCAACAUGUGUGGUAAAGCCUUUAGGCGGAAUUCACAUCUUCUGAGACAUCAGAGGAUCCACGGCAAUAAAAACCUUCAGAAUCCUGACCCUGGACAGAGCUGGGAGAGUCAGGGGCGGAAGGAAAGCCAGUGGGAAAAUGUUGAGGCUGCUAUGUCUUAUAAAUGUAAUGAAUGUGAGAGAAGUUUCACUAGGAAUAGAAGCCUUAUUGAGCAUCAAAAAAUCCACACGGGUGAGAAACCCUUUCAGUGUGAUACAUGUGGAAAAGGCUUCACCCGAACUUCAUACCUUAUUCAACAUCAGAGAAGCCACGUUGGGAAAAAAAUUCUAUCUCCGUGA